AUGGCCACGUCCUCGGCGUACGACAGCUACAACUCCGGCACUGGGCUGCUGAUCACUCUUUGGACACUGUCCGUUGUCUCCGCCAUGUUCAUUGGGCUCCGGGGGCUCGCGAAAUGGAAGAUCGGCCAUCUGAGCUCAGAUGAUGCCGUGAUGGUCGUCGCGCUGGUGUUUUUCAUGGUCGGCUCAGCAACCGCGACGGUUGCCGUUGAUCACGGCCUGGGUCACCGCUACACCUCGAUCCCACAUGCGCGCGCAGUCAAAGCCAUCAUAUUCUAUUGCGUUACCGGAACGAUGGGCAUCUUGUGCGGCACCAGCGGCCGCGUCUCCUUCAUCCUCUAUGUGCGACGAUUGCUGCCGCGGAAUUCCAUCAUCCAGCAUGUCUUCUGGGCGUUGGUCGCGGGCCAGAUCGCCAUCAAUGUCGUCUCUAUCUUUCUUAUGUUUUUCGAGUGCGGGGGAAACGUGGCGGCUGUCUUUGACGCCGGCUUAUCACAGACCAAGUGUAUGAGUCGAUGGAUUCAGAUCGACUAUGGUUACUUCCAGGGGUGUUUCAACACGGCCUGCGACCUCUUUCUCGCCGUCUAUCCGACGUAUACCUUCUGGAGUCUGCAGCUCAAGCUCCGGGUGAAGAUUGCCCUUGCGUGUCUCCUCGGGUUAGGCUUGUUCGCUAUGAUUGCUUCCGUGGUAAAAACGGUGCUGAUCACCACCAUCGCCAGGACGUCCGAUCCCACCGUCGACCAAGUCACCCUGCUGCGGUGGGUAUACAUCGAGGCGGCGAUUGUGAUCAUCACGGCGUCGAUUCCCUGUUUGCGGUCGCUGUUUGUUGUCGCCGUGGCGAAUCUGUUCAACGCUUCUACCAAGCAGAAGGCCGCAACCUACGGACUGCGCAGUGGUCGGUACAGUCGACACCUUGACGAAAUGGAAAUGAUGUACGACGAGACGCCGGCUCAAAUCCUGCAGAGGGGCGGUGGGAUCAUGAAACACGUCGACGUGGUGGUCCGCGAGGACCCAGCCAGUGCAAUAUUCUGAAUAUGUAUUAUACCCUUUGAUACUAUGUACUAAUGAAGCAUUCGGCGUAAUUUCGGUUCUGAUCAAGUCUACAGUACUAUGUACUACACAAUUGUUCGGCUUGUGUACUUCGUACUCGUAUGCGUACGAAGUAGUAACUACUAUGUAGUUAGUAGUCAGUUAACUAUGAAGUAACUAACUAAUUAGACUAAUUAGUAUGUAGUAGUGUGAAAAUUCUGAUCCCUGCUCAAAUCUCUAGCCCCUGUCAGCCAUCUCACUGACUAACUAUAGAGCUCGGACUUACUUUGCGAGUCAUUGGGCCAGGGAAGAGGGAGAUCAGGGCAUAUCACGGUGACGAUGUGAUCAGCCCAUACCUGAACGAGUGGGGGG